CUUGCAUUCCCAAAAAUUGUUCUUAUACCGACCUCGCCUGGAUCUUAUCAACACCCCCAACGAGGGUCGAGGGCAGCAUGUAAUCUCGACAUGUUGACCAUCACGCCCUUGGGUGACAAGGCAGAUGUGAAGUUCAAGACAACAAGAUUACGCGCUGCACCGUCAUGGCCCAGUGACACGUUUGCAGGAGUCAAUGAGGGCGAUGGCAAGUUCCGAUUUCUCGAGACGCUCACAUGCAUCCACGGAAGUCGUGAUAAAUGUCUCAAGCUGGUCUAUCUUGCCCACAGGCUUGCAUGUCAUGCGGCCAUUUCACCUGCCAUCCAGACUCCUCCCAAGCGCAAAUGA